UGGCGCUCAGCUUUCCUGGACUGGGCCAUCGAUCGCCCCUGGCUAUACAAAGUGAACACGGCAACAAACCACAACAGAUCCGAACGGGAGCUCUUGCAACAAUCUUUCAAGUGCUACUGGUCCCUUGGUGAAAAUCGACAAUGCCUCGAAUCUCGGACGCCGUGAAACAAGACCACGCGCUCAUCAAGAGUGCUUUUCGACGCCUCCGGGAUGCCAACCCCGAGAACCGCAAGCCAGACGAGUUCGUCUGGGCGCUGGACCGCUACCUGAUCGUGGACGACUUGGUCGUUGCCCCAGCCCUUGAGCACCACAUUGCGCACGGCGGGGAGCGGCACCGACGGCUCUCGGACGAUUUCGACAGCAUGAAUGCAAAGCUUCGGCACAUGCAGAGGUUCAGUCCCGCCGAGCCCAGCUUCGACUCGGCGCUGCACGCCAUCUGGGUCGAUCUCGAGCCUCACGUCAGGGAAGAGAGCGCCAGCGAUCUGCGCCGGUUGGAGGAGAGCCUGUCCCAGUCCGAGUCGGAAGAGCUUGGGAAGAAGUACGAGGACCUCAAGGAGCUUUUGCAGCGACCCUACGGGGAGAAUGGCGUGCCCGAUGACAGGACCCUCUCUGCUGUUCUGGAGAUGCCGCGGCAGGAGCUGAUGGUGAAGCUUGGGAUCUCGGAGGAGUGAGCUGAGGGGUGCGCCUCUUGGUUGUUCAACUGAAGAUUGUGCUGCCCUUGCCGUCAGUGCCGCGGCUACUCUGUGAGUACCAGGCCUGCGACUCUUUCCGCAAUCUCUCCGUAACCCAUAUUCCACGUUGCUGUGCGCAAUCACUUGUCAGUCUCUUGUGGCUGUCUAAAUACUGUCUGCCGCGCGUCAAGUUUUAAGGUGCUCAACAAUUCGACAAUUGAAAAUUCAUAAUAAAAAACACUAUUCGAUAUCUG